AUGCACAAGUGUAGCUCCAAUUUGACAGUCCCGGCGGAGGAGAUCGUGGCCGAGCUCUCGGAUAGGGUGGACCGGGUCCUGAGGAAUGUCUCGGCCAGCGCAGUGCGGAACAAGGGCUUCGCGGUGGCCGGGGAGGACGGAGUUGGAGGAGUCGCCGGGGUAUAUGCUUUGGCACGGUGUUGGAGCACGCUUGAUGCCGGCGGUUGCAGAGCCUGUUUGGAGAAUGCAACUUCGAUUGCGAGAAGCUAUGCACCUGGAGAAGAAGCGCGGGUCAUGAAUGCGGGAUGCUUCCUCCGUUACUCGACCACAAAGUUCUACAACGUCCCCAGUAGCAAGUUCUAUAUCGUCCCCGGUAGCGGAGUGCAAAAUAACCUCAUGCAAUUACGAGCGAGCAAGAGCAAGUUUAGCUUAUAUUUCAAGUACAAGACACUGGAGAAGGCCACCAACUUCUUUGAUGACUCGAGGAAGCUAGGCCAAGGGGGCGGCGGUUCCGUGUACAAGGGGAUUUUACCCGACGGGAAGGUCGUCGCGGUUAAGCGGUUGGUGUUCAACACAUGCCAAUGGGCAGAUGAAUUCUUCAAUGAGGUGAACCUGAUCAGUGGGAUCCAACACAAGAACCUCAUGAGGAUUUUGGGAUGCAGCAUCGAAGGCCCAGAAAGCCUCCUUGUCUACGAAUAUCUUCCUAAAAGAAGUCUUGAUCUAGUUCUUUUUGUCAACGAUGCGACCACCGUCAUAACUUGAGAGGAGAGGCUGCACAUCAUCAUAGGUACAGCUGAGGGCCUUGCAUAUCUUCAUGGAGGUUGUGGAGUGAAAAUCAUCCAUCGGGACAUAAAAACCAGCAACAUCCUCCUCGAUGAAAACCUCACAGCGAAAAUCUCAGAUUUUGGGCUUGCCCGAUGCAUUGCUAUGGAUAAGUCUCAUCUUAGCACAGGAAUUGCUGGCACACUUGGUUACAUGGCACCUGAAUAUUUAAUGAGGGGACAGCUAACGGAGAAAGCUGAUGUUUAUGCUUUUGGGGUGCUGGUUCUUGAAAUCUUGAGUGGUAGGAAGAAUAGUGUGUACACGGGGUCGAGCUCGGUAUUACGGUCGGUAUGGAAGCAUUACAAGUCAAAUAAUUUGGUUGCAUGCAUUGAUCCGGCCUUACAAGGUAAAUUCCCCAUCCUGGAGGUGUCGAAUGUGCUCCAAAUCAGCCUCCUAUGCACUCAAGCCUGCAUGGAAUUGCGACCGCCCAUGUCUGGAGUCGUCGAGAUGCUCCACGACAAAAACCGUGUAGUCCCCCAACCGAGCCAACCCCCGUUCGUCAACGCUAGCAUGCUGUUUGACAAAUCUAGCAGCGAAAGCUCUACAUGA